CUCUCCCUUUCCCAUUUCCCUUGGCCCAAUUCUCCUGCUCUUAGAUUUUCGCUGUACAUAAUUUCCCAGAUUGUCCACUACGCAAUCAAAUCAUGUCUGCACCGCGCGUGCUCGUCCUCGGCGGCCACGGAAAGGUCUCGCUGUUCCUGCAACCCCUCCUGCUCGCCAAGAAGUGGCAUGUCACCAGCGUCGUCCGCAACCCGGCGUACGAGUCGGAGAUCCUGGCGCUCGGCAAGGACAAGCCGGGCAAGAUCGAGGUGUUGGUGGACAGUCUCGACGACGUCAAAGAGGUCGGCGACGCGCAGAGGGUGCUGGAACAGGUGAAGCCGGAUAUCGUGGUGUGGAGUGCCGGGGCUGGUGGAAAGGGCGGACCGGCGAGAACGAAGGCCAUCGAUAUGGUCGCCGCGAAAUGCUACAUCUCGGCGUCGCUGGCGAUGCCCAGCGUCAAGAAGUUCCUCAUGGUUUCGUACCACGCGUCCCGCAAGGGCUAUCCGCCGUGGUGGACCGACGACGACAGGAAAGCCGCCGACAACAUCAACCAAAACAUUCUGCCGGUCUACUACCAAGCCAAGGUAGAGGCGGACGAGCAUCUCGAGGCGCUUGCGAAGAAGAGGCUGGACGGCGGUGACACAGCGUUCCAAGCCAUCAACUUGAGGCCCGGCACGUUGGCGGACAAGCCAGGCACGGGCAAGGUUACGCUGGGCAAGACGCCCGUGAGCGGCAGUGUACCCCGCGAGGAUGUGGCCCGCGUGGCCGCAGCGCUGUUGGAGCGGGACGAUACGAGAGGUUGGUUUGAUUUGCUGGAAGGCGACGUGCCCAUCGAAGAAGCAAUCGACAAUCUCGUCAAGAGCGGGCACAACGGUCUCGAAGGAGAGGAUAUGCAGCGCAUUUGGGGACGAGAGACCUGAAAAUACCCUAUAAAGGACCGCGCUUUGUUUAAAGUGCACUGCUGACCUUUCUGGUUGAGGAGCGUGAUGGAUCAUUCACCCGCACUUGCCAGUGGCGUCCGCUAUAGACUUUGACUUGAUUCUCUCCGUCAGAACCUGGUCCUAGUCGAAAUGGCACUUCUCGGUUCGAGAGGCUGUAGUGCGGUAGUCAUUUCAAUAAAAGUACCUGUUAGUCCCCAGCCUAUUCUGAAGUCACUUGUCGAUAACAUUGAGUCAC